CCCCGCCAGCCCCCGGCCGGACCUGAGUCCGCUCCAGAUCCAUGCCGUGUUUCCUCGGCGUCGCUGGGGUCUCCGCCCCUCGGAGUCGCACGCCAGGGCCCAGCCGCGCGUCGCCUCAGGAGCCACUCACUGCCCGAACCAAGUACCGCUGGGCGCGGGAGCCAGCCGGCCUCACGGAGCUGCCGCGCAGACCCCACCUUCUCAUUCAAACUCUGAGCCUGGACCGGUGCAGUACCCGCGCGUCACCUGAAUUUGACCCUCGGGGCUCCGAAGUGACCCCCUUCUCGGCACAGUUCUCUGUCUCCGUGGCUGCCCGGCUCCACUUCUCAGCAUCCCGGCCCUGGCUCCGACUUCGGCAAGGGUAAUGAAGCUGGAAGCUAGCUGUGGCAUAGGCACCUCAGAGGUCCCUAAGGCCGAAAAAGAGGCUGAGCCAGAUGCGGAGCCACUCUCAGAGACCCGUCCACAGGAGGCCAGGACCAAGUCCAAGUCUGAGUCAGCACUUGAGGCUGAAGACAAGCUCCUGGGGGCUGAGUCAGGGCCUGAGGCCAAGGCCAACUCCUUGGGGUCCAAAUCCCGGUCCGGAUCCGGGCCUGAGGCCGAGCAGUUGGAUUUCGUGUUUGCCACAGAACAGGAGUUUGAGGAGGUGCUGGCCAUCUCCGGGGGCAUCUACGGGGGCCUCGACUACCUUCCCAGCCGCUACCACAGCUGGCUCCGGGAUCCCAACCGCACUGUGGUGCUGGCCAAGCGCAACGGAAGAGUGAUCGCGCUGGAGUCGGUGCACGUGAUCGACGCCGGGGAGACCGCUCUGGUGGAGGGGCUGCGCGUGGCGCCUUGGGAGCGUGGCAAGGGUGUGGCCGGGCUGCUGCAGCGCUUCCUCUCACAGCUGGUCAAGCAAAAGCACCCGGGGGUCAAGGUAGUACGGCUCACCCGGGACGACCAGUUGGGCCCCCGGGAGCUGAAGAAAUACCGCCUAAUCUCCAAGCAGGGCAUCCUUUUGGUUCGAUUCAACGCGUCGGCGCUGCUGGCGGGGCUGGGCGCGCGGCUGGCUGCACUGCGGGCCGCUGGCACCUUCUCACAGCUGCCCACCGAGACCCUGUCGGAGGCAGGCGGCGACGUAGCACGCCUCCUGCUGUCACCCUCCGUACAGCGCGACGUGCUUCCUGGCGGGACCAUCAUCCAGGACUGGCAGCCCUACCAGCCAAGCGAGAGCAACCUGCGCCUGCUGGCGGCCAAGGGCCUGGAGUGGCGCGUGGACAGCCGCGCGCGGCCGCGCGUGCUCACGCUGUGCACGCGCCCCUUCCCCAUCCCGCAUGGCGGAGAUGGCACUUGGUGCUACCUCAACAUUGACGCCUUCGGCUGCGACGGCGCGCAAGUGCAGAGCCAGUUCCUGUGGCACCUGCAGCGCCAGGCCCCGGGCCUCGCCGGCCUCAACGUCAUGUGCCAGCUCUUCCUGGCGCCCCAGUUGUGGUCACAACUGGCCGAUUUCUGCCAGGCCGGCUUGGGGCUCGAGCUGGUCAAGGGUUAUACUGAACAGUACCUGCUAGAGGCUGACAUCUGAGGCCUCUACUAUCUGAGGAGAGAGGAGCACUUUAGAAUAGGCCCCAUCCCCAGAUCCCGCACCCUAUUUGCAAACUCCACCUCCUACCCCUGCCCUUUGCCCUGCCGCCUACCCUUACCUGAUGCCCACCCCUCCCUUCCUUUUCCCCCUACCUCUCUUUGUCAUCUUGCCCUUAACGCCCCCAAACGCCCUGAUCUGAAUCACCAGGUUUGGGGGAGCCCAUUGCGCUGCUAUUAUCUGUCCUUUCCCCUUCCCCACCAAAGAACCGGUUCGUUCACAGGCUUCAGAGCCUUUCCCUAUCUGUCUCCUUAGCCUGAGAGUGAACUCUGCCCUUCCUGGCUUCUCCCUUCUGCCUCCUCCUGGGUAGAAGCGGCAGACGUGUGCAAUGCCCAGCACCUGGUCAGGAGCACAGCUGCCCAAUAUGUAUUACAUUUUUUCCUCCUGCUCUUUUUCAAGCCCUCAGAGCUUGCCCUGUGCUCCCCUCCUGGAUGCCCUCCCAGUCUCCUGUGCCUCUGGAUCUGUGUCCUUUCACUCUUUGCUGUGCCCGCAUCUUCCUCCUCUUCCUCCCUGGACCUCCCCAACACUUAGCUACUCAUUGCCGGUGUUUCUGCCUCUUUAUUCUCCUUCCUCAUGAACUCUUCAUCACCCGCCCAGUGUUCAGUAUGGAGAGAGCCCCUAUAAAUUAAGUAGAUUUAUAACGCCACUCCCUUUGGCCCUCUGUUUACACUCUGAUGAUGCACCUGUCUGAGCCUGUCCUCUCUAACUGCUGUUUCCUCCAACUUUGGACGAUGUUGCUACUUCGCAGGUCCCCUCCCGAUUCCCCCAGCCAGCGGCAUGAACCAGGGGGUUUGGCUCGGAGAGUUUGGUGCAAUGGAGGGCAGGUCCCUCAGCUGGUGUGGGACUGCCUCCUGAUUCUAACCAGGCUGCCUUCUAGUGAAACUAAUCCCCACCUCCAGAUAUUUCUGGACACUCCUCCCUUCCUCUGGUUCCUUUAUGCUUUUUGGACUUUGACAGUCUUCUAUUUAAAUGCAAGUAGUAACAGCUGCAUUUGCACAGUGCUGUCUCCUACACUGGAUCCUCGCUUCUACCACAGAGAGAGGAAGCAGACAGAGGCUCAGAAAAAUCAAAGUGACUUCCCAAUCACUCGCAGUAGCUGGGAACCUCACAGGAACUAGAACCCAGGUGUCCCAAGCCCAAGGCUUGCCUCAGAAACUCACUCUGCAUGACGGUGGUAACUUGAACAUCUUGUUGGACAAUGGACAGUUGCUAAGGAUUUGUUGACAGCAAACACAGGGUUCGCUGGGGAUGGAAUCCAAGACAAGGGCAGAGGAGGGAGCCAGGAGGUGGAAGGUAGGCAAAGAAGACCGCCGCUGCUUCACCAGUGUCCCCAGCUUUCCUGUUGUGCUGCUCUGCUUCUCCUGCCUCAAGUGCCUGGCCAUGCUGCCACGCUCCCUGUCACUUCAACCUUUGGAUUUGUUGCAAUAAAAUGUACCCUUAGCCCA